UCCUUAUCCGAUUGCCAUUAGGGCUCUAGCUCAGCUAUUGUGUGUUGGCAUCCUUAUCCUCCACAGUUUUCUUACAUCCUAAGCCAAGCCCGGCCAUAAAAACCCCAUCCUUCUCUGCCUUUUUCCAGUCAUGCAUUCCAUCGAACACCUUGCGAUCACCCUCUCACCACCGCUAGAGAUCACCAUUGUGAGGCUCCCCAGCCGGAGCUGGAGGUUGGAGGGAGUGGAGGAAUAGUCUUGCUGCCGCCGUCGCCAUUGGGGAAGCCGGGUAGCCGAGGAGCACACGUCGAACACCUGCGAACGUCGCCGACCGCUAGCCACCUCUGCUUCGUCCGCACCGCACCACGCGUCUUCGCCCUUCGUCGUCCGUCCGUUCCAUGAAAUUGUAUAUCGGUUAGUCGUGAGGCAACGUAUGCAGCUUCCAGGAGGUAAAGGUUGAUCAAGAUUAUAUCAAGAAUAAGAACUUUCCUAAGCAGGCAAGUCAUCACUAAUCUUUGAGCAUGUUGAACCCAUUGCGAACUUAUUUUGGAUUUAAAAUAAAGUUUGCAUGCUAUAUGGAUAUAUGUGAAUGCCCUACUUCGCUAUAUGCCAUGCCUUUGAUAUUGAUGAUCCAUGCAAUCUUUGUAAUCCAUGAUAUCGUGUGUCCUUAUUCAAUACUUGAUAAAUGCUUAGCCAUGCUACUUUAGAAUCAUGCAUAUUCAUAUUUAUCAAAAUGCUUUAUGCUUGGGCAACUACCUUAGGGAAGGUAGUUGAGAUACGGCAUGUGGAGACAUGAGCACCACAUUGCCAUGACAUUGGUGACAUGAUUUGUGAAAGGAAAAAUGAAACUAAACAACUGUUUUCGACUGGGGCGGCUGGAGGACUUGGGUGGUGUCCGGAAAAGGCUAGUGCCGUCCCUGGUCAGUUAAGGACCGAGCCAUGAAGUUAAGCAUGAAACGACCCCCGUACAACUGUACUUCUCGUGUGGGUAUAGACCUAACGGAGUAAAUAGCCGAGCGGAGGCGGUACCCAAGCCAUAGUGGUUUUCUUGUUGUGUGUGAGGCAGGGCCUACGGUGGGGCAGCCAUUGGUAGGACCGCGAGGGGCGGGUGCCUACAGUGGUGUCGCCAUCGGUAGGACUGCCAUGUGCAAACCUAAACUUAACUAUAACUUAAUGAAUGUGUGAGUCUUUCCCCCUCGGGAGCGCCAGAACUCCUCUCACUGCUAGAAACCUUGGACGCCUAGAGUGCAUGAGGACUAAAGUUCAUGGAGCGGGUACUACCAAAGUGAGGUUAUUGAAAGGCUUUGCCGUGGCAAGUCUCAUUCGUUGGGACGUAGGCUCAUGUGUUGGGCAAGUCGCGGAGUACGGGUAAAGUGUACAUCCACUGCAGUGUGAGUAAACCAAUCUAUUCGAAUAGCCGUGCUCACGGUUAUUGAGCACCGGGACAUGUAUUACACUUGGCUAGACUCUAAAUUCUUAAAAUGAUGGGUGGGAUAUUGCAUGAUGAUUUUGUACUGGUGGAUCAACUUCUCAAGAUGCGAGAAGGGGUAGACCCCCACAAAACCAUGACGACCAGUGGCAGGAAGCUAUCAUUGGGAACACAAUGGAUGGUGGACAGAACCGUCGCUGUUUAAUGAACAAUGGAAUUAAAACUUGAUCAGUUUAUGCUAGGUCUUAGGUUUGUGAAAUGAUAUUUGAAAACUCAUCUUUACGCAAAGUAAUCAUAGCCACUCUUUGUAAUACCCUUACAUUACUGCAUUUUGUGUGGUGGCUUGCUGAGUACUUUUGUACUUAUUGUUGCUCUAUAUAUAUCUUUUAGCGGAGUGUUGAAGAGAAGCCCUUGUUAGUACACUUGCGUACCUAACAAGAUGAUCGGAGUGCGGUUCCAUUCUAGGUCUCGUUCCCCAGUCGACUGCUUGUGGCAUGUCAACCGGGCCCUUGUAUUAUUUUGCCUUCCGCUGUUGUUCUCUGAUAGUUGUUGGCCUACCUGGCCCUAAUGUAAGCAUUUAACUCUCUUAGCCUGAAUUCAUUCGUGAUAUGUUGUGAUUCAGCUAUGUAUGUGUGUACCAACUGCUGAUUCUGGGAUUGGUACUGAUAAACACAGAAGAUUUCCGAUUUCCAAAAUCGGGGGUCGACAUUGACAGGGCCAAGUAAGCUGGCAGGUGGACAGCUCACAUGUCCUGGGAGAGCCCAACGUCAUAGAAAGAUUUGAGAGCGGCAGGGCGACACGAGUAGUGCGAGGUGAGAGGUGACUCCAUCGGAGAAGUGGGGCUGGCGAGCUCGAGCACCGGUGUGGCGACGGACCGGCGCGUGGAACAAAGAUCAUGAUAUCUUCUUCUAGCAUGCACCAACAUUAGCUCCAAACUAAGAGAGAUAUUCGAAGAUAUGCCCAAGAUAUUCCAACAAUUCUGAGCAAAAGGACACAUGAAAUAAAGAUGGAGCAAAGUUUUAGUUGAGAUAGACAAACAUAGCACAUAGUUUAAGUCACAAUUCGGAUGUGCAUAGUGCUUAUGAUCAACAUGUAUUUUGUGUUCAAUCUAUCCCUCAUAAGCAGCCAACCAAAAACUUUAAUUUUCGAGGUAGCUCUACUCUUCCAUAACCAAAUGAAAUAUUGCGGUGGCUGCAGGGCACUAAAGUUUAAAGCAUAAAACUUCUAAGAUGAAUAUUUCAAAUUCCCCAGAUAUAAGCCCAUGUAUCAUAUUCCUAUGAGAUGUUUACCUCUUCUAACAUCUGAGAUAAAGACUGAUACUCUUCAAAAGCUUGCUGAGAAAGAGGCAAGUGAAAAUUAUCUUCCAAUUCCAAAUUGAGGAAAUUAUGAACCGAGAUCAUUGUAUUGACAGCAAAUAAGUAUUGCCUCGGUAUAGAGACAGAGAGUGGAGGGUCAUCACUCCAAACAUCAUUCCAAAAGAACAAGAAACACCAUCUCCAACUAAACAUCUGGUAACUCCUCUAAAAAAUCCAUUAGAUUGUAGAUAUCUCUCCACCAAAAAGAACCCUUAAAAAUGGACAUAGGAGGAACACCAUUUCUAUAAUAUGAAUUCCAAAUAAGCUUAAUCCAUGGCAAUUCUCUUCUAUUGUAGAAUUUUUCCAAAUACUUUAAAAGCAAAGCUUGAUUCUGAAUUGAAGGAUUUAAAACUCCCAAACCUCCCUUAAGUUUUGGCUUACAAACUUUAUCCCAAGCUUCAAGAUACUUCCUAUUUGAAUUCACCUCAAAACCCCUCCAAAGACAUUGUUUUCUUGCACUAUUAAUAUUAUCAAUAACUAAUUUAGGCAAUUUCAAAGUGCACAUAUAGUAUGUAGGUAAAGAGGAGAAAACUGAAUUAACCAUAUUUUUCAGUUUCUAGGGACAAUUUUCAUUCAAAUUCUUCCCCUUCUGAUUGCUCGUUAUCGCUUUUGCAAAUGUUGAGAGUGGAAGUCUACGGCUUAGGUGGCUGAAUCAAGCUUAGGGGGAGAGAAGAGGAAGAAACUCCCUCGACCAGAUCCUAAGGAAUGAAUAGAUUCUUUUGUUUAAAGUUCCGGCUACCUCUGCUUGUUUUUAGUGUUUGGAACCGGAACAGCGUUGUGAACCUAUUAUGUUUCUGUCAUGGGCAGAGCACUCUGUGUUUAUCUGGUUUACUUGUCUUAAUCCAGUUUAUGGUUACUUUCUCUCUGCCUUUUGCUAUGAAUAAUCAGUUUAGAUCCUGGAAUGUGAUGUGCUGGAAUGUAAAGGGAAUGAAUGUUGAUGCCAAGAUUUUGAUGAGAAGGCAAAAGGUUGAGGAGAGUGGUUGUCAGGUUUUAUGUUUGCAGAAAACUAAGAAACAUAAUUUUACUCUUGUUGAUAUCAAAACCUUUUCCCUAGCGUUUUGAUUCUUUUGUGUUUGCGCCCUCUAGAGGUGCUUCGGUGGCAUUCUAGUGGUUUAGGCUAUUGACGGUUGUUAGUUAUCAGUUUUGACCAUCAAUAUUCCCAAAAUAGAGGAGAACUAGUUAUGCUUGCAAUACAUAUCCAUGUUAGAAUAAUAAUAUUCCACUAGUAUUUGGUUCACUAAACUUUUGUAGAGAAUAAUCAUAAAGUGGAAGAGAAUCGACAUUGAAUCAGAUGAUAAAUCAAUCGGACGAUGUCGAGAAUCAGACUUAUAUAUGAAUGGGCCAAGAACUCUGAAUUGACACGGUGAAUUGGGCCAAAAUUCACAAGACUGAAGUGAGCAACAAAAGAGGAGGCCACCAACCGAAAUUGGGCUGGAUUGGGCCGUACCCUGGUUCGGCCGAGCCAGGGGGUUCGGCCGAACCUGACGUGCAGCCGUUGGAUGCAGGGUUGGCGGUGGACGGUGGAUUGCCUCCCUAUGGCAGUUGGAGGGUAUUACCGACCAUUCCAACCGCUAUAACUGUCAUUACCUGCCUAUAAAAGGAGUUCACUCUCUUCACUUCAAGACACACCUCAAGCAAAGCUCUCUUAUAUUCUCUCAAGUUUAGUUUAGUGUUCUUAGGCUAGUGGAGUAGGAAUAGAGUAGAAAUCGGAGUCCGGGUAUAGCUCUAAUAGCUUUCCUUUCCUCUUUGGUAAGCUUUGUACUUUAUUUAGAAUACUCUUCUUUAUACAUUUAUGGUAUUUGAAUACUUCCCGAGUAUAUGAAUACCAAUUUUACAUUAUGUUCAUGUUAUACUGAUUAUACUGCUAGCUUAUCUGGGAGAUGCUUUGGUACGGGUAUAGUGUUUGCUUAUGCAAUUACUCUAUGUCGUGACGAUGAUAUUAGAGUAGUAUAUGGUAGUUUGGACGUGGUAUCUAGACUACGGGAUAUCAUUAUUUGGGGUUAUAUGCUGCAGAUGAGAGGUGGGCCGCUGAUGGUGACAGCUCAGUACGGGUAUUCCUCCGCACGUGUAUAUAGUCCUAAGUUAAUUUCCUGGGGAGAGUACUCCUCCGUAUUUAGCCCCGGUUGUAUGGUCAUGACGAGCUGUCGUAAGGAACUCGUCAAUCAGUGGUAGCUUCUCGAAGUACCAGGAGGGCAUCGGAUAGAGGGUAUUAGCUAGUAGCUCGAGCCCCAGUGACUAACAUCGUCCCGUGCCGCUUCGCCACGUCCUUGCCGUCCUCCAUCGCUCCUGCCGCGAGCGCCGCCGUCGGCCGUUCCCGCCGUCCUCCGCCGCUCCCGCCGCAAGCGCCGCUCGCCGCCACCGCCGCCUUCCACCUCCCUGCCCCCCUCCACUCUCGCCGAGGGAGGGCUGGACGAUGACGAAGACGACGGGCAGCACGACGGCGUUGGAGUGAAGAUAGAGAUAGAAGAGAAGAGAAGAGAGAUAUGAUAGCUGACAUGUGGCCCCAAGGGCAUUUUUGACAUUUCAUAAGAUUUCUCUCUCCUCUUUAAUCAGAAAUUAUUAUUCUAAUUGGCGCGGUGUCCAUUGGUAAAUCACCACGUUUAUGGAGUUCGGACGGUGUUAUACGGCUAAAUAUAUAAGUUAAAGUGUCCUGUACCAAAAAUUUAUCUAAUUAUAAUGAUAGCUAUAAUUUCCUAAUUUCAAAGUUUUUCAACCAAAAAUCUUAUUAUUACCACGGACUCCAAAAGGAAAGAAAAAGAGACGGUUCCUCCUAUUCCGCCGCCGCCUGAGAGAUAGAAUCAUAGAAGGAAGGCUCGCCGUCUCGCCGGCGCGUGCGUUUCUCUCUCACCUCCGAUAAGGCCAUAGCCACACCGGAUUCUGCAGGGCUCGCAUCUUCCAAGUCUGCCAUUUCCAGUCCAUGGCGAAGACCGCUCUGGCGACGGCAUUGGACAUCGCCGAGCUCCCUUUCUCGGAUCUUCUCCUCCUCAUCUCACCGGAUCUUCCGGACGAUGGCCGGCGCGGCCGUCUCCUCACCACCGUCGCUACCUCCCUUGGUCGCGGCGGGUCCGGUUUGCUUGCCAUCACCAACGUGCCUCUCGCAGCCGCCCUCCGCCGCCGGCUUCUCCCGCUGGCUCGCCGCCUUGCCGUCAUGGACCACCCCUCCCGCUCCCAGCUCCUCAAGAAGCACGGUUUGGGUAGCGACGUGCCUCUGAAGAAGCUGGACCGGCGCGUUUCCUCAUUUGCGCGGCUUUUGCGUCAUUCAGGUGAGUUCCAAUUGCUGGAGUCGAUGAAAGAAAUCGAGAGCAUCAAGAACGACCCUGAUUAUCUGGAGAAAGCUUUGGAUGGUGUUGUAAUUGGGGAACCCAUGGGCGAUGGUACCGAGAAGCUUGGUGAGCUCGUUGAGGAGCUUGGUCUUUGCAUGAUGGAACUUGGGAUUUUGGUUGCACGAGCCUGCGACACUGUUACUGGUGGAAAUCAGUUGGAGAAAAGCAUUACUGACUUUGGGACCGCAAAGGCAAGGCUCAUUCACUACCACUCUGAGUUGGAUAACAUUAUUAUCAAGAAUAGUAGCAGCAAGAGAAAAGUUCCGAUAAAUAAAAUCGCAAAGGCAACAGCUUAUGAGUCAUGCUCUCGAAGGUCUGCAUCAUCACAAGGAUCCUGUAUCAGAUCAGAAUGUGCUAUGACGGACACAUUAAAGGAUUCCAAUGAUAAGUCGAUUCAUGGUCAGGGUAGUGUUGUUUCUCUCACAAACUUAUGGCAAGAGUGGCACUAUGACUAUGGGGUCCUUACUGUUUUAACAGCACCAUUAUUCUUGUGCUCCACAAUGGGAGAAGAUUGUUCCAUCAACAAAGAAUGCUCUCCUCCUGACGAGCACACGUACUUGCAGCUAUUCAAUAGGAGGAAGGUAUUCUCGGUGAGAUGCUCUCCAGAGAGCUUCAUUGUGCAGGUCGGGGAGACAGCAGACAUCUUGUCAGGCGGGAAGCUGAGGUCUACACUUCAUGCUGUGAGUAGACCAUACGGCUCAACAAACAUCAGCCGGGAAACUUUUGUGGUCUUCUUACAGCCAUCAUGGGACAAAAAGUUGCCUUACUCUGGUCACUGUUUUGCUGGUGAUGAUGAACCUAGUGAAGGCGAUGACUCAACAUUCAGUGAUGGGUCAGACAUGUUUUCGAGUGAGCAUACAUUGAUGCAAGAUAUUUUGAAAAAGAUCCCCCCUCUGUCAUCAAGGGUAAAAGAAGGGAUGACGUUUGCUGAAUUUUCUCGACAGACAACGAAACAGUAUUAUGGUGGUGGAGGUAUCCAACAAAACAAUUAAAAAGCAGUACUAUGGUAAUGAAAUGCAACCUCUUGGAGGCACCUACGCUAAUAUUAUGUAUUGAUUUAUUUGGUUGUUCGUAAUGAUGGGAUGUUGAGUACCAUGCGAAAUUAAUGACAUCAUGGUAAAUAGAGUAUUACUGUCCUUUUACCCUCUUUUUUUGUUUCCCAAUUUUCACAUCAUAGUCACUGCUUCUCUUUUUUCUUCAAAAAAGAAAUCUGACAAUAGUUAGAAUUAUUUGUAUUGAUUUAAGGGGGAACAUCAUUUUGUCUUUGAAUGAGGAGGGCAGAACAGCAUUUCCUUUGUAUCUUAUAAGUAAGUAUGCCUUUUUGGUUUCUUGAGAUGAAAUGUGUCACGGAGUCUACUUCUACUCCUUCAACAGUUGAGGUUCCGUUGAAGCGUACCGCACGGCAGCCCAAGCCCAACACGAGAUAUAUGGGUGGAGUGUGGGUCUAGUAGCUAUCGGCUGGGCCCAGAGUCAGUGAGAGAGACCUAAUAGUGUUGUGCUAUAAAAGGUCGGCAGAGGAGAGAGAGAGAGAGAUGGCUUGUAAUAGAAACAUAUCUCAACUCAAUUCAAAUCUUCUCUCUUCCUGCUAUCAAAUCCUUCUCUGAACUCGUCUUCUUCCUCUGUUCCUGCCCCCAAUUCCUGUCUGAAUCUCGAAUCUCGCUGACGGAUUGUGACAAAAUGUGAUCUACCUUUGGAUUGAGGCCCACAGGAGAUCUCUGCAUGUCACCUAGUUAUUCCAACUGCAGAAAUGAGGACGCUUGCAAAGCAAUUAUCAAUGGAAUGAUUCUUCAAUCAGUAAAAUCAGGUGUUCCAUGCUCAUCAUCUCAAGUCAUGGAGAACGUCUUUGGACAUUUUAUUAUUUGGCACUACCGCAAGCACCAGACAAGUCCAUAAGCCGUAUCACCCCUGUCGUGUAGGAGCGGAUGCCAUCCUCUGAUGAUGAUAACUGGAUGCCAUGGUAGUAACUAGGACUACGGCGAGGCCAACACGCACAGUCUAGCGGGAGCUGGAGCACCUUGACAGAGCAAGCCUUCUCCAGGUUUGGUGUGGCAUGGAGCCGAGAAGGGAGUU